AUGAGGAACCUCCCCAACAGCCUGACUGCCAUGAGGAACCUCCCCAACAGCCUGACUGCCAUGAGGAACCUCCCCAACAGCCUGACUACCACGAGGAACCUCCCCAACAGCCUGACUGCCAUGAGGAACCUCCCCAACAGCCUGACUGCCAAGAGGAACCUCCCCAACAGCCUGGCUGCCACGAGGAACCUCCCCAACAGCCUGACUGCCACGAGGAACCUCCCCAACAGCCUGGCUGCCACGAGGAACCUUCCCAAGCUCAACCUCAGCUACAACCGGAUGGUCCACAUCCCCACCUGGUCUACAGGUAAAUGAUGAUCUCUCUCCCCUCUCCCACCAGUAUGAAGGGUUUGGUCUUCCUCCACCUGGCCGACAGGUAACAGACUAGAGAACAUAGCAGAUCAGAUCCAAGACCUAGUGAAUCUGAAGAUCCUCAUUCUAGAGGGAAACUUUGCCGAUAGUUCAUGA